AUGGCAAGGAAACUAGUUAAGCCUUCGCUAAAUAAGCAAUCUUUCUUCAAGAUCCUACUUGGUGACUUCUCACAGCGUCUGCGUAUACCACCUAAGCUUGUCAAGAACUUCAAUGUACGGCCACUUCACAAAUGUGCUCUCAGUGGCCCUAGUGUCGGUGGACUGUGGAAUUGGAAGAGAGAGAGAAUGGCUUGUUCUUCCAAUAUGGUUGGCAAGGUCACAAUCUAUGAUAGAACUGCUUGUGAGAAGAAUGUAAAGGUAGCUGAGAGGAGUGGCUGUCCUGUUUCCUUGGCUAACAAAGGGAAAGCUCAAGUUAAAGAAGAAAUUAUUGACCGUGAAACUAGAAACUACAACGAAAACUGUCAAAACAAAGCAAUUGUUUCUGGCAGAAGAAGUGGCAAUUAUGUUAUACCUGGGAGGAGACCUGCAAAUGAUCAUGUAGGAGCAACAUCAACUGAACCCGUCUUGUUUAAACCGAAGUAUUCACGUUUCAUAAUAACUUUCACGAGGAAACUUCGAUAUGGCGUUUCAAUUCCCAAGGAAGUAGCUGUAACUGAAGGUCUUCUUAGCAAGAAGAGUAUGAUGAUUCAGGAUCCAACUGGGAGAUCAUGGCCUGUUAAACUUAGAGUCCGGGGCAAAUUAUCUUCUUGUCAUGUGGACAUGUCUACAGUUUUGUUAGAAUGUUGUAACGCGAACCAGAUUAUACCCGGGGACACCACUAUUUUUGAAUUUGUCAAGCCAAGUCUGGCACAAAUUCAUAUUUUCAGAGUGGGUGGCAAUUCUGUGGUACUAGCUGCACCUGAUGUAAAAGACUAA